CUUUAGAUGUACAUGUACGAAAUUGUAUCUGUUUGACUCUAUUUUCGAUGAAAAUUCUUUUCAAAACAUAAUAUGAGACAGUCUAAGUAAAAUUAGACUGUUUUUUUAGCUUUUAUUUUUAAGCUACCCACUUCAGUUAGUGUCUAACUACAGCCCUUGUGUAAGUUCAUCAAAUUAGUGGUGAUAACCUAACUCAAUGACAUCUGCUUUAACCAAUCAAUUUCUACCCUCUUCAGCGCUGUCAUUUUGUAACGCGGUGUUUAUCAGGUUUAGGUCAAAAGGUUAAUUUGACGAACGUUCAAGAGGGCUGUGGUUAGACCCUAACUGAAGUGGCUGUAUUAAAAAUAAAAGCUGUUUAAAAAAACAAUAAAAGUUUUGUCUAAUUUUAAUUAGACUGAAUAUGACUGCUCGAUAUUCACAAAUUUUCAUGUCAGUCAUACGUUAAUACACAUAUAAUCUUUGUCUAGCUAUACCAUUCAAGUCAUAGAUUUUGAUGAAAAUUAUAAAAAAAUUUGCAAAUUAUUUUGAUGUAACAGAUAUAGUCACUUUAUGUAAAUUAGCACCAUUUUUUAUUUGCUUAUGUUUAUGUAUAUUUUUGUGUCCAUUUUUUAUUUGUCUGAUUGUCCAAAUAUCAAAGUUUUUAUUUGUCUUUCUGUUUAUUUUUGAAAUUUGUUUUUGUAUUGUCCACCUACACACAAUUUAUAUUCAAGUUGAUUAUAAAAAAAAUUGAUGUCUAUACAGUGUAAAUUUUUUUUAAAGAAGUGAACACUUUCUGAAUUUGUCUCGUGAAGUUUAUAAUGCCAUUUUCUCUACAUUAAAUCUGAAUGAUUAGCUUGAAAUAUUGCCACCUUACUGAUUAUUCGUAUAUUUGUCUUGAAAUCUUCUCCUGUUGUUGACAUAUUUUCGUGCAUUUCAGACUUUUUGGUAAAAACAAAAACCCACAAAGUUUGACACAAAUCUAUUCAGAAAUUAUUUUGUUAAUCUGGCUUAUCUUUGCAAUUUCUAGCUAUUAUGAACUUCUUCCAAUACCUUGGCUACAAUAGCCACUAUUCUAGUGUCACGGAAUGCAGCCAUUUGAUUGGAUUGUACGCCAUUGUAUACGGCCAAUCAGUGCCCUUGACUGUCAACAAUUUAAGAGUGUGGUGAAUCAUUGUAUGAGAUCUCUCCAGAAGUCUACAGAAUGGGAGAGUGUGAUAGGUUUAGAAAUUCAUGCACAAAUAUUGUCUGAUAGUAAAUUAUUUUCUGGGUCUGGUACAAAAUUUGCAGCUCCUGUCAAUUCACAAGUUUCAUUAUUUGAUUGUGCUAUACCAGGAACGCUACCAGUUUUGAAUAGAAGAUGUGUCGAGGCAGGCGUUUUAACGGCAUUAGCCUUGAAAUGUAAGAUAAACAAUGUCUCUAAAUUCGACAGAAAACAUUAUUUUUAUGCUGAUUUACCAACAGGAUAUCAGAUAACUCAACAAAGAGAACCUCUAGCUAUCAAUGGUAAAGUUGACUUCAUAGUAUUUGAUAAGAAGAAGAGUAAAUUACCCUACACGAAAACAGUUCAACUGAUACAAUUACAACUUGAACAAGACAGUGGUAAAUCUCUACAUGAUGAUCAAGGUGGCAAGAGUUUAAUAGAUUUAAAUAGGGCUGGUGUUGGUUUGAUGGAGAUAGUUACUGCCCCUGAUUUUACGUCUGGUGAAGAAGCGGCAGGAUUUAUUAAAGAACUACAUAAAAUAUUGACAAUGAUAGAAACGUGUGAUGGCAAAAUGGCAGAGGGUUCACUAAGAGUAGAUGCUAAUGUUUCCAUAAACAGACCAGGAGAAGAAUUGGGCACCAGAACAGAAGUUAAGAAUUUGAACAGUAUCAGAGCUGUGGCUAGAGCUAUAGAAUAUGAAAUAGAGAGACAGAAAGAGGAGAUGGAAAAGGGAAAUGAAAUAGUCAAAGAAACCAGAACAUUUGAUACAGUAACUGGGGAAACAAUUGUUAUGAGAGAUAAAGAAACAGUCCUAGAUUAUAGAUUUAUGCCCGAACCAAAUCUGCCUCCUGUACAUGUCUAUAGUAGUCAGGAUCUACCAGACUCUAUUCCCAGUGAUAGAGUAGUCUUGAUUGACAAGUUAAAGGAACAGAUACCAGAGUUGUUGAGUGAGAAGAGAAAACGGUUACAAGAACAAUAUAAUAUUCCUCUUGUUUUAACUUACAAUAUUGUGAAUGAUGAUGAGUUUUUACAGUUUUUUGAAGAAUUGGCUGAAACUGGACAGGCAGAACCAAGGAUUAUAGCUGCUUUUGUCAGUGACUUUUUGCUGUAUUUUUUGAAGAAGUUGGAAAUCAAUAUCAGUGAUAUUAAGAGAGAAUAUAUAUUAGAUCUAUGUCAACUUGUAGAGAAGAGACUUAUUACUAGAGAAACAAGAAAUAUAUUAUUUGAAAGAAUGAUCAUUGAAGACAGGAAACCCAGUGAUAUGGUUCAAGAAGAUAAUUUAGAAAUCAUUCAAGAUGUAGAUGAAUUAACAGAAUUAUGUAUACAAGUUCUUGAUGAAAAUCCAAAAUUUGUAAGGAAAUAUAAAAAUAGUUUAACAAAAGGAAAAGAAAGAGCGUUUAAGAAUCUUGGAUAUAAAAUGGAGGAAUUAACUGGAGGGAGAGCGAUAUUUGGUGCAUGGUCUGGAAUUUUAAAAACAUUAUUAGAAGAACGCAUUAAAGAUUGA